GGUCAGCCCAGAGAAGGGGUGGGCUCCCCCCCCCCGCCUCUCUUCAGAACAGAGUCGGGGAGAUGCCGCUGGGGAGGACCUGCAGGCAGGGGUUCAGGACAGAAGAGUCCCACGCAGGGACAAGGAUGAGGCCAGCAGCCCCUGGGACCUUGGGCCACGGCUGCCCCGCAGGGACAGUGGAGGGAGGGGUCAGGCCACCCUCAGGGGCCUGCUUCAGGGCUGCUGUGUGGACGUGGUGGGGAUGGCAGGGAGAGCUAGAGACAGCCUGAGCAGUCGAGCAGCCCGGUAAAGGCUGGUGACCCUGAGUUUGUUCUCAUGUCUUCAGAAACAUUUUAAAGGUACGGUAGAAAUUUCAAACCAUGCAGGCGGAAGGAGCACAGAUGGCAUGUGUGUGCGUGUGUCAGAGGUCAUCCUGCAGGCGGUCGCUCCCACCUGUGCUCAGACACAAGCAGGAACUCGGAGUGACCGUAACUGACACAGUGUUUGCAACUUGCUGGCUUCUCCCUCCCGCUUCAGCCCGCUUCGGCUGACCUGCUAGGGCCCCUGUAACACAGCGCACAAACCAGGGGCUGAAACAGCAGAUGUUCACUCUCGCAGUCCGGAGGCCAGAGGGCCGAGGCCAAGGUGUGGGCAGGCUGGUUCCUCCCGGUGGUUUUCUGGCCAUCUUCAUUUUUUUGUGGGGGACAGGGGUAAGGGUUAGGUUUAUUUAUUAUUUUGUGGAGGUGCUGGUGAUAGAACCCAGGACCUCGUACAUGUUAAGCACGUGCUCUACCACUGAGCUGUACCCUCCCCUGGGCCGUCUUUGGAGCCCUUGGCUUGAACGAGUGCCACACCCAUCUCUGCCUCCACUCGGUGUGUCCGUGUCAAAAUCUCCCUUUUAUAAGAACAUGGGUAUAUUGGCUUAGGGCCCAUCUUAAUGUUCUCAUCUUGAUUACCUCUGUAAAAACCCCAUCUCCAAAUAUGGUCAUACUCUGAGGUGUUGGGGGCUGGGGGCUAGGACUUCAACAUAUGAAUUGGGUUGGGAGAAGGGACACAGUUCAGCCCAUAACACCACUGACCCUCAGGCUAACCAGACCCACCUCCUCCAUCCUCUGCUGCGGACACGCCAGGACUGUCCCACACCCAGGGGGAUGGUGAACCUGUUUAUUGGUCCCUCGUGUACUUAUGGGGACUUCGAGGUGAUGGCUGCUGAUUACCUGGUGAUACUCACCCCCAGGAAUGUGCUUCCCAGAAUAUGGUUGCUAUAUUUCUGGCUGUUGUGACCACAAACUGUCUUGUUCUGCUUUGUCCCUGAAGUAAGUGCAGUGAAACACUUGUGUAUUCUGUGGGUGUGUUUUAUUUCCUUUCUUGGGAACCACCUGCUCACGUGUCCAUUUCGCCAUUUUCCUUACGACUUGUAAGGGGGUUUUAGACACAGGACAUCUGAUGAAUGGGCGCAGGUGAGGAGGGGAGGCAUCGUGUGUGCCAGGGAAGCAGGAAGCAGCUGGGGUGACCCCUCCCCCCCGGUUGUGGAGCAGCAGCCCCCUGGUGCUGGGACAGAGGCAGGUGGAGGGGAGGUCCAGGCCCCAGAGGGGAGCCGGGCGCUGAGCUCUGUAGUAUGUCGAGGUCAGCCCCAGGCUGGAAGGGUAGCCUGAGCCAGGAGCCCUGACCAGUGCUGGGUUCCAGGAGAGGCGGCCAGGCAGGAGACCUGGGCUUGGAGAGGAAGGCUCCUGCAGGUCCCACGUGCUGCCGCCAGGCGGCGCCGGGCCUCCGCGGCCCAGGGCCUCGCUGCCCCUCCCUGAGGCCCCUCCCACCGAAGCUGAGCCCUGGUGUGGGAAGCUGGGAGUGUGGCCCCUGCAGGGACUGGCAGGGGCACACCUGUGGGGCACCAACUCCCCCAACCACCCCUGGGCUUUUCCUUCUAGUCCAGGGCGACUGGGGGCUGGCUGGCAGUCUCUCUGGGUCAGAAGACUGUAGCUUCUAACCACCUCUCCCAACCCCCUUGGGGUUCUUCCUUCAAAGGUUGAGAGCAGAGAGAAGCCAGCCCCGAGCCCACGAGGGAGGGGCGGGGUGUGGGGCCGUCUGGGUAAAGACGCCUGAGCCGGCCCGUCCUCCGCGGGCAGCUUGGAACGUGGCCCCGCCCCGCGGGAGUGGCGCUCUGUCCGAGCUCAGGAGGUGGGAGGGGGAGUCCCUUCCAAGCGGCUUGUCACUUGUGAUGCCCUGGUGGGCGAUGGGGUAACAGGCUGUGGCCAGGCUGUUCACUUCUCCUGCCCACUCCUUGGCUUUCCGGGCUGGGUGCCCUGACAGACAGCAGGGUGUCCACUGCCAGGAGGGCUGCUAGGCUCAUGGCAGGGGUGGUCCUGAUCCAAGGCUGCCCCCUGUCCCAGGCAGGCAGCCCGCUUUCCCUGACUAGCAGCCCACUGCUCUCAUCCUCCACCCCUGCCCCCCUCACCCCAACACAGAGGCCCUCAGGUCCAGCUCCCAGCACUCAGCUCCCCUCAUGGUCACACCCUUAUGUUCCCGCCGCCUAGGUGUCUCCACAGGGCGGGGCCCUGGGCUGUGGAGGGCGGGGCGCUCAGGGAACCUUAAAGAGCUCCCCAGGUCCCCGCCCAGGCCUUGCUGCCGCAGUCCCCACCAUGGCUGAGACGGCCAAGCUCCAGCUGUUUGUCAAGGCAAGCGAGGACGGCGAAAGCGUGGGACACUGCCCUUCUUGUCAGAGGCUUUUCAUGAUCCUGCUUCUCAAGGGCGUGCCCUUCACCCUCACCACCGUGGACACCCGCAGGUCCCCAGAUGUGCUGAAGGACUUCGCCCCUGGCUCGCAGCUGCCCAUCCUGCUCUAUGACGGUGACGCCAAAACGGACACGCUGCAGAUCGAGGAGUUUCUGGAGGAGACGCUAGGCCCACCUGAAUUCCCCAGCCUGGCGCCCAGAUACCGGGAGUCCAUCGCGGCGGGCAACGACGUCUUUCACAAAUUCUCCGCCUACAUCAAGAACCCAGUGCCCGCCCAGGAUGAUGCCCUGUACCAGCAGCUGCUGCGCGCCCUCGCCAAGCUGGACAGCUACCUGCGCGCGCCCCUGGAGCACGAACUGGUGCGGGAGCCGAAGCUGCGCGAGUCGCGCCGCCGCUUCCUAGACGGCGAUCAGCUCACGCUGGCCGACUGCGGCCUGCUGCCCAAGCUGCACGUCGUCAACACGGUGUGCGCGCACUUCCGCCAGACGCCCAUCCCGGAUGAGCUGCGCGGGCUCCGCCGCUACCUGGACAGCGCCCUGCAGGAGAAGGAGUUCAAGUACACGUGUCCGCACAGCGCAGAGAUCUUGGCGGCCUACCGGCCCGCCGUGCGCCCUCGCUAGCGUCCCCGCCUCCCCCGCCACCCCGCCCACUCGUCUGCAGCCCCAUAAAGGCAUCUCUGCCUCAGUGAGUGUGUCCGCACAUCCGAAGGACCGGGACCCCCCCGAUUUCUGCCACCUCUAAGCUCCCACUGUGAGUCUCAGCUCCAGAGGACAGCCCGGAAGGAUUGGCGGAGAGCCAGGUGGGCGGGGCCAUCCCUCUACUCGUCAGGGAUGGUGGGACUGGACUGGGCUCCCAAACCAGUCAGGCCAGGGCAGGGUGGAAGGAUGGUCGAGGAGGGUGGGGAGCAGAGCCUGAUCUGGGCAACUCAGGGCUCCAGGCCAGAGGACAGGCGGGCCCACAUUCCUCUGCUCCGCCCCAGGUGGCAUGCAGGCCACUCCCAUCUCCUGCAAGAUCUACUGUGUUCCUCGUGGGGGUCUGCAUCACUGAGGCGUAGGCCCCUGUGCCCGGUGGGGUGGGAAGAGUUCCACCCUGGCAGAACCCUGGCCCUGCCUUGCACAGCCCUGUCAGCUCCUGGGCUGGCCAGGCAGGACAGCUGGGCAGGGCGGGAGAGCUCAGGCAACUCCACCUGGGAGCUCGAAGUCUGAUGCAUCUGUUUACCUUCUGCGGCCCAGUGCCCAGCUCACAGGCAGUGGCGGGGGGG